UUCUGAGCGAUCUAUAUCCUCCACAGCUUGUAAUGGGAAGGCAACCCGAAGCUUCUGGCAAUCAGUAAAGGUGCGCGUUAACCAUCCGUCAUCGGAGAAAAUUCAGGCGGCGCAGCCAGCUUUCCGGCGACCUGGUCAAACUUGGAUUUCCAAUCCAUUUCGUUGAAGAUGGAGAAGGAACAAGAAAUUGAGUGGAUCAAAGCUCAGAACAUUGGAAUAAGCGUAGACCUUGUUGCUGCAGCCAAACGUCAGCUUCAGUUUCUUGCUGCUGUUGAUCGGAAUCGAUAUCUCUAUGAAGGGCCUGCUCUUGAAAGGGCAAUCUAUAGGUACAAUGCUUGUUGGCUCCCGAUGCUUGCCAAACAUUCAGAGUCCCAGAUUUCUGAAGGGCCUUUGGUUGUACCUCUUGAUUGUGAAUGGAUUUGGCAUUGUCACAGGCUAAAUCCGGUUCAAUACAAGACUGAUUGUGAGAAACUUUAUGGAAAGAUCCUUGACAAUUCUAAUGUUUUAUCGUCUGUCCAAGACUCUUGUAAAAGGCAAACUGAAGAAACUUGGAAUAGUUUGUAUCCAGAAGAACCAUACGACUUAGACUUAAAGAAGGUGUUCUCGGAGGAUAUAUCUGAAAGAUCUGCUCGACUUGAAAAAAGCACCAAAUAUGAUCUGGUUUCAGCUGUUAAAAGACAGAGUCCUUUCUUUUACCAGGUAUCCAGACCCCACAUGAACCAUGAUCUAUUUAUCGAAGGGGCUGUGGCUAGAUAUAAAGGCUUUCUUCAUCUAAUCAAGAGAAACAGAGAGAAGUCCGUAAAACGUUUCUGUGUUCCGACAUACGAUGUUGACCUUAUCUGGCAUACUCACCAAUUGCAUCCUGUAUCUUAUUGUAAAGACCUGAAUGAACUAAUGGGCAAGGUAUUGGAGCAUGAUGACAUGGACUCUGACAGAACUAAAGGGAAGAAACUUGAUGUUGGGUUUUCUGGAACUACCAAGCAAUGGGAAGAGACCUUUGGUAUCAGGUAUUGGAAGGCAGGAGCAAUGCAUAGAGGUAGUGCUCCAUGCCCUGUUACGACCACUCCGUACAAAUCUAGCAUGAUGAGCAAGGAUGUAGCUGCAUCCAUCGAGUAUCAGAAACUAAUUCAGCUUCCAGAGGUUAAAUCUGUGGAGGUCCUUUUGGAGUGUGUGGAAGUUAGAAACUUACCAGAAGGGCACAAAGGAAGGCUCUUUGUCGCAUUUAGUAAGACCCAAAAUGAUUAUUUCUUUAACGUGAAGCGGAGACUGAGUAUUUUGUCUGAGUCUGGAGAGAAACAGGUUGCUUGUUUCCAAUGUGAACCUACUGGAGAGCUGGUUUUUGAACUGAUAUCUCAUUCACCUUCCCACUUACCAAUGAUAAGGACCUAUAAAACAUUAGGUUCUACUUCACUCUCUCUUCAAGACUUUCUGGUCCCACUCUCUAAAUUAGAUGCAGAAAAAUGGUUGGAGGUAGUGCCAAGUUCUGGAACUGUGAACUCGAAACCAAUCUACCUUCGUGUUGCCGUCUCAUUUACUAUUCCAGCCUUGGCUCAACGCACAUUCAACAUGGUUCGUUCUCGACCAUUGUCCAAAAGUUCUUGCUUUUUACCACUUCCUGGGAAGGUAGUAGAUGCCAAGAAUUUGACGCAUGUGAUUGAUGAAACUGGUACAAAGCUUAUCAGCCUGCAAAUGAGGCAUCCUGAAAAGGCAAGGGCAAGGGAAAACACCAUUCUUGGGAAAGAGGUGGUUGGAAUCACCAAGUCUGGAAAAAUAUCUGCUCUUGCUAAGUCUGUUGGGACUGGCUGGACUUUGAUGGAUUCUCACUGGUCCCUUCAUCGUGAAAAGAAUUCCAAUGGAGAUGGCCACCUCUUUGUUCUCCAUGGAGAGAAGAUGGUCAAAAUAUUCCACGGAAGAAAGCUGGACUAUGAACCUAAACAUUGCGACAAACAUAAAAGUGAACAAGAUUUCAUGACCUUGGUUGAAUUCUCUGCUGAAAAUCCUUAUGGCAAAGCGGUGGCAUUGCUUGACCUAAAAUCCGGAUGUGUCCAGGUAAAGGAAGAAUGGAUUCUAGUUCUUGGGAUCACGCUGGCUUUUAUAUUAUCUGAUAUGCUGAAGAAGGAAGGAUAUGACAUUUUUGCUGUUAAUGCCAAGGAGAUGGGUAGUGUAGCUGAGGAAAUUAAUGAGAACCAUGACUCCCAUGAGGGAGUCAAAACAACCAACUUGACCUCUUCAGGAGUAACCAAGGUUGAGCAGAACAAUGAUGUGGCUGAAUUACAUGCAGUGAUGCCGAAAAAAAGGGGAGACUGCGGUAGUGGGUGUGGAGAUGUAACAAGGAGUGAGGUUUCUGCAGGAUGUGGCAGUGGUUGCGGUGGAGGAUGUGGGAGCAUGGUGAAGAGUGGUGGCUGUGGCAGUGGUUGUGGUGGUGGCUGUGGCAGUGGCUGUGGUGGUGGCUGUGGAAGCAUGCUGAAGAGUGGGGGCUGCGGUGGCUGUGGAGGUAGUGGUGGUUGUGGUGGUUGUGGCGGUGGCUGUGGAAGCAUGCUGAAGAGUGGUGGCUGCGGUGGUUGUGGUGGUAGUGGUGGUUGUGGUGGAGGAUGUGGAAGUCUUUUCAAGAGCAGUGAAAACACAUCCGGUAACUCGUGCGCAGAGGAACACCAAAAGGAAAUACCCAGUCAUGUGAGUGAGGGAGUAGUUGCUUAAUGCCCCCUCCCCUGUUCAUACUUGCUGUGUGCCCAGUUUCCAUCUGUUGUGUGAUCUUGUCUACGAUAAAUAAAGCUGCAUCUUUCUCAUCCAUCAAGCAGCUCCGAUUUGCGAAUCAAUCGAUGCAACUGCGUAUAUAGAACUCGAUUCCUCUGAAGUCUUUUCGUUUAUGUUUAUCGGAAUAUGUAAAUAUAAUUAAGGUUGAAUAUCAUAAUUGUAUUUGGCAUUUACAUACCCCUGAAUAUUAUUCAGGUUGAAUAUAUUAUAGUUUGAAGUUUUUAA